CGACACACUCGCCUUAACUGAGGGAAGACGCCGCCAGAGACACGGACGGAGCGAGAGGAAGGAAGGAGGAGCACACCGAAACACACUCGGGACUCCGGUUACACAAGUGGGCCUGAACAGCCUCCUGUCAUGUCGAAGAAACAGGAAAGCGGCCCUGUGAAGAUCAGCAGGAGCCAGGCCACCGACCUGACUCUGCUUAUCGCUCGCAUGCAGAAGAAUGCGGACGUGGUGGAGAAGGACAUCCUGAGUGCAGAGGAGUUGCUGGCUGUGGAUGCCCAGCGUGAAGGAAGGAACCAGCCUAAGAUCCACCAGAAGGAGAACGCAGACAACCUGGCGGAGGCUGAGGGCCUGCUGAAUGACCUCUUCAUGGACGUGGACAAGGCCAAGCGUCUGCAGCACCCACAGGCCAACGAUAUAGAUCGAGAUGUCAGGAACCUUCACGACCGCUGGGUGAAGGACUGUGCCACCUACAGGGAACUGUAUGACCAGGUGCAAGACUUGGUGCCCGUGUCGAGGAUAGACUGGGGUCCCGCGUUGGAUGAAAAACAGAGGCGUUUAGACACCGAAGGAUACGGUCGCAGCCUUUCUGAUGUUGAGAAACAGAUCGCAGCUCACAACAUCCUGCAUAAAGAGAUUGAGGCCUACAGUGAGCAGAUGAAACCCGGCACAACCUCUUCACAGGACCAAUAUGCUACACUCAAAAAGAAGUACGAUCAACUGUUGGAGAGCUCCAGAAAGAGGCGCAAGCAUCUGGCCUCUCUGUACGAGUACAUGCAAAGCUGCAGCAAAGAGCUCGACUACCUGUCUCAGCAGCAGGAGAGGAUCCUGCAGAGAGACUGGAGCGAUCGCAUGAUUGACCCCCGCAGCGUCCGCAUGGAGUACGAGAAAUUCAAAAGCAACGGGCUGCUGUCACAUGAGGGUGAGGUCAACCAGCUCCUGGAGGAAGGAGAUCGUCUGUCAGUCUUGAAACAUCCUGGCAACUCAGCAAUAAUGGCACACAAAGAUGCAGUGCAGAGGGGAUGGCAAUCUUUCCUCAACCUGUGUCUAGCACAGGAAGUCCACCUGGACAACAUUGAAAACUACAGGAAGUUCCAGAUUGAUGCAGAGACCUUGUCUGAGUCCCUGGACAGAAUCACUUACAAUCUGGACCCGAAGUUAAUGGCUGGCAAGAGCAACUCGGAGGCCCUGUUGGAGCUUCAGGGAGACGAGCCAGCGGUAAGGAGGAACGAGCAGCGCCUGGUGGCCCUCAGAGAGCUCGGUCGCAACAUAGCACCUCUGAAGCUACGGCGAAGCAAUCCCCCCGAACCCACCAAAGUUGUCGCGCUGUGUGACUGGGACGAUGAAAAUGGAGCUGUGAGGCGCGGUGAUGAGCUAACAUUAAAGUCCUUCUGUGAUCAUGAGAAGUGGGAGCUGCAGGACAGCAGCAGAAGAACUAAAAGGCUCCCCGGGGCGUGUUUCAUGGUGCCACCACCUGACACCGAGGCCCAGGAGAAAGUAAACGGUUUUGAGAAUAAGCUGUUGAACUUGAAGAGUCAGAGAUCAGCUAUAAUGACCUCACUGAAGAGCCCCACCGUGGAGGUGGAUCGCCCUCAGCGUGCAGUUUCUGUACAAAGAGCUCCGGAAGACCCCAAAGCUGCGCUGCUGGCCAGACAAAUAGACGAGCUCAACACCAAUCUGGACCUUUGCAAAAUGGACAUCCAGAAGCGACUGAGGGCCCCUCUGGACAACCGCAACCCAGCACUGGACCUGGAAAACAGGCUGCAGGAUCUCAAGAAAUCAUCCCUGACAGCGAGGAGGCUCGAGUCAGAGAAGGCCGCCAUCCAGAGAGACAUGGAGCCCGCUCUGGCCAAUAAACCACUUGGACCCAAUGCCUCAAUCUUGCUGCUCAAACUCACUGCUGCCAACACCAAAAUGGAUGACAUUUACAGCCUUAUUGAUCUUUAUGACAAAAAAGCUCCGGCUGCAAUGUUCUUGGAGAGACAGAUGCAGAAGGUAGAGGGCGUGGUCUCCGGGUUUGAACAGCAGCUUGCUAAAGAUGGCGUCGUUCCCAACCAGACAAAGGCCCUGAUGAGUCGCAGCCGUCAGCUGCAGGACAUGUGUCAGGAGGUUUCCUCAAAGAAGGAUGAGUUGAACACAUUAGGCAGAGACUUGGACCUGACGAAGCAAGCGUGCAGCUCCCUGCAGCAGAAUUUUAAUGAAUACUGCCCUGAUAUUCGACGCCAGGAGAGUGAAGUGAAACUUCUGAAGAACCGCUACGCCAAUGUCAGUAAUCAGCUCCAGAACAGAUCUACUCUCAUACAGGAAGCAAGUAAUAAAAACCAAGACUUCCAGAAUGUUGCUCAGUCACUGGAUUUCUUUUUGGUCAAUUUACCAAAUAACACAAUCAGACGGACUGACAAUGUGACCGAGAUAACAGCCAAGCACAACUCUCAGAAGAGAGUGAUGGAGGACAUUAACAGGAGGUCAGAUGAUGUGCAGCGGAUCAAGGAUCUCUCCCGAGAACUCCAAAACACCUUAAUUGAAUACGAGAUCAAAUCAAACACAUACCGCGGCAUUUUGAAUGAAGACGAUGAUGAAGAGGAUGAUGAUGAUGAUGACAACAACGGACCCAUUCUGAAAAAGCGCCAAACUUCAACGAUGGCUCAGGCAGUGCAGAGGAAGGAAAAAGAUUUACUGAACCGUUUCGCUGAGGUGUCUGCAGAGAAUGAGGAGCUCCUCAACCAGAUGGGAACUGCCAAGAACAUCGUACUUAGGAACGAAGAUAAAGUCAACAGCGUAGUUGUCAGUCAGCAGUUGCAACUGCAGAGCCAGAGGAAAGACAUGGUAGAAGCCGAGACCAUGCAGAAAGAACUGAAUGAGGAGACGUCGCGUCGCUUACAUGCUGAAAAUGACUUGGAAACAUACAGAAAGAGAUACUUGUCCUUGAAGAGUAGGAGAGGAGUGGAGAGGUUGGAGGAGAGGGAGAUGGUGCAGUAUUACCGUGAUCCCAAAGUGGAAGCGGAACUACAGACUCUAAAAAGCAGGAUCCAAGAUGAAGGAUAUAAGAGGUCAAGAGCCAGUUCAGAUAUAGACAUUAUCAAUGGGAAAAUAAUCACAAUGGAAAAGCAGCUCUCUGGUGCUGAACCAAAACUGUUAGCCAAAGUAGUAACUGAGUAUGAAAGAGACCCACAGCUGGAAAAAGAAGUGGCCAAGAUCCAAAGUGAGAUACAGAAGAUACGACUGGAGCUCCAAACUAAAGACUCUGAGACCAUUCACGUGAAAAAUGAGCUUAGCCUCCUGGCUCAGCAGAAACCCAAAUUUAGAGAGAGGCUUGUGAAGAAGGAAGUGGUGAGACUCGAAAAGGAUCCCGAGAUGCUAAAAUCUGUUUUCACAUUCAAGAAUGAAAUUGCAGCAGAAGAAGCCAAAUGUCUGUCACUCAAUGACAACAUUUUCAGCAUUCGGAGUCAGAUAAACACACUGGAGAGGGUCAUUCCCACCAUUGAACCAAAAAUUGUCACCAAGGUGGUGAAGCAAGUACAACAAGAUACAGAAAUGGUAAGCGAGUCAAAGAAACUACACAUGGCGUUGGAGGAUGAGAAGGAUGAGAAUGUUAUCUUGUUGAAGGACCUGACCACACUUCAGAUGAGAUACGGUGAAGUGGAGAAACUACGGCCUAAAUUUGAGAUUAAAGAGGUGAUCAAUGAGAUUUUCAGAGUUGAUCCUGAGACAGAAAUCCAGCUCCAGCGUCUGAGGAAUGAGCUGCAGAACUGUAGCCGAAAACGCGCAGCAAUAGAGCAAGAAACCGAAGUGUCGAUGACCACACUGACCACGCUGCGUACUCUGAAGCCCAAAGUUGAAUACAAGGAAGUGACCCAGGAUGUUAUCAAAGAAGAGAAGAGUCCCGAAGUUAUUCGGGAGUUACAGCGGCUGAGCAACCAAGUUUCACGUCUUAAAGUCAACUAUGACACCACACUUGAGCUGCUGAUGCACCUACGCAAAGAAAGAGAUGGGCUGAAAGCUGAAAAAUCCAAAGUGGAGACCAAACUUGUUAAUACAGAGGUUAUCAAAUAUGAGAACGACCCCCUGCUGGAAAAAGAGGUCAACAGACUCCGGAGGACUGUUAGAGAAGAGACUCAACAACGUCGCAAUGUAGAAGAAUGUCUCUUUGACCUUCAGAACCAAUACAUUGUCCUUGAGCGCCAGAAGCCAGAGGAGAAGACGGUGGUACAGGAAGUGGUGCGUCUGCAGAAGGACCCCAAGCAGAUUUUAGAGCAUGAGAGGUUAAACAACUCUCUGGAUGAUGAAGUCAAAGCCCGUAGGAAGCUUGAAAUCGAGGUGCGACAGCUAAGAGCCCUGAUUCAAGAAAAGGAGAACAUUGUGGCUCAGAUGGACGAACGCCAGAAGAAGAUUCAGAUCGAAUCAGAGCUGCGGCAGAUCAAAGCUCAGAUUCAUCAGCUUGAGACUUCUCCAAAACCAGUUGAAGAAAAGAUUGUCAUUGAGGAAGUCCUGAAAGUGGAGAGGGACCCAAAGCUAGAGAAACUCAUGGAUAAUAUACGUGUUGAGAUGGAAGGAGAGGCAAAGCAACUCAAUCGUCUACAGAGAGAAAUCAGCAGCCUGAAGAUGAAGUUGGAAAUUAUGACAAAAGAAAAGACAACGGAAAAGAUUGUUUAUAGAGAAGUUGUCCGUGUGGAGAAAGACCCAGGAGUGGAGGCUGAGAGGGACCAUUUGAGAGAUCUUCUUGCACAGGAGAGAAACGUGAGGCGUGACAAAGAAGACCACCUUCAGAGCUUUAGAAUAAAAAUUUCCCACCUGGAGACAUCCAUAUCUGUUACUUCGCAAGAGGAGACAACUCUGGUGGUCAACAGAAAUAACCUCCAGAGGGAGAAGGAAGACCUUCUUAAACAGCUAAAACUGCUUGAGACUCAAAGGCAGAACAUCAGCAUCAGCUUCCAGCAACAGACCAAGCUGAUGGGCGAGAGAACCCAGAUGGCUAGGCAGAGAAGUCUAAAGGCAUCCUCUGAAGUACACCGGCUCGAGAAGGAGAUCCUGAAUGAAAAAGACAAACACCACCAAAUGGAGGCACUCAUUAUGGAGCUGAAAGAAAGCCUCAGGAAUGAGGAUCAGGUUGAAACUCAAACGAGAGAGACAAACCUUUCUACAAGGAUCACCAUUUUGGAUCCCGACACUGGUAAAGACAUGGCACCUUAUGACGCCUAUCUGAAAGGGCUAAUAGACCGCAACCAGUACAUACACCUGUCAGAACUGGAGUGCGAUUGGGAAGAAUGCACAUCCAGUGGUCCGGAUGGGGAUUCAACAGUUCUGCAAGAUCGUAAGACUGGGAUGCAGUACGCUGUCAAAGACGCUCUGAGAGAUGGCCGCUUGACCCAGUAUGAUGUGAUGCGCUACAAGGAUGGCAAAAUGCCCAUUUCUGAAUUUGCUCUUCUUGUGGCAGGGGAAACUAGAAGACCUUUUGUUCCAACAGUAACAAGCCCAAAGUCCCCCAUUAAACCUAUCCCAAGCUCUCCCUUAAACUCCAUGCCAACUUCCAUGAGGUCCUCCUAUACCAGUCUUAAUAGUCACAGUGACAGUGUUAACAACCUCUUUGCUUUAGGUGAUGAGCAAUUCUCUAUCUCUGGUGUUUUUGACACCUCCACAGAGAGCCGCAUGUCUGUGAGAAGCGCCUUGACUCGUAAGCUCAUCGAUGGUGACACGGCUCUGAAGCUUCUGGAAGCACAGGCGGCCUCUGGCGGAAUUGUCGAUCUCACCAAGAAGGACAAACUGUCUGUCCACAAAGCAGCUGAACAAGGCCUCAUUGACAAUGCUCACAUGUACAAGCUUCUUAACGCUCAGAAGGCCUUCACCGGGAUUGAGGAUCCUCUGACCAAAGAGCGUCUCUCUGUGGGAAAGGCAGCGCAAAAGGGGUAUAUACCCCACGAAAACGCCAGGUGGUAUAUUGAGGCGCAAUACCUGACUGGAGGGUUGGUCGAUCCCACCAAAGCUGGCCGCCUCACUCUCCAAGAAGCCGAAGCAAACGAUGUGAUCGACAGCAAGACUGCCGAAGAGCUUCAGAAUGAGUCCUCAUACCUAAAACUUCUGGUUGACCCCAUUAGCAAAGAAAAAAUCUCGUACAAGCAGGCAAUGGAUAAGUGUAAGAUUGACAAGAGCACAGGACUGUUGCUCCUCCCUGCAGCCUCCAGUGAUGAAACCAAUUCUCCAUCAUACUCCAACUUUCGAUUUAUUUCUGCUCACAACAGAAUCUAGAUCGUGAGUUUAAGAUGAGUGAAAUGUUUGACACAGCCUCUGGUGCUAGAGGGUUCCUGGUAUUACUAACUCAAAGAUUAUAUUAACACAUACUGAUAUUAAUAACCCGACCGUGGAUCUGGUUUGAAUAUGAUUUGGGGGUUUGCUGUAAAAAUCAGGGAAAUGUUUGUUGUUCCAUUCAGCAUUCUAAAGUCAAAUCCAAGAAUCCACACACCUUGUAUUGCUUUUUACAGACCUGUUUUUUUUUAAACAAUAAUAUUUGUAUUAUCAAAACAUGUGCAUGUAUGUUGCAUAAAUGUGAAUCGUGCUUUAUAUACACUACACACUUAAUAAUAAAUGACAAUCUUCA